GCGACUGACACAGCGGCGGCUUGUGUGUUUGUCAAUGUUUUCAUCGGUCCUUUCACUCACAUUUCUCCACUUUUUUCCGCGCGCUGCAGCCGGUGACUUGGACACCUUUGAAUGGGGAAAGUGUGCGGAGUUAAAAUCAGCUGUGCUCGGGAUUUCCGAAAGCACCGCUCACACACUUGAUCAUAUUUCAGGAAGUCGUUUUAUUUUUUGGGGGAAAGGGGGGUGGGGGGGGUUUGCUCUUUGCUGCUCAUCAGCUGUUGUUGGGCUGAGAUUGUAUGAUGGUUCGCGCUGCAGUCAAACAGUAAAGCCAAGCUAGUCUUGUCCACCGCUUCAGCCGGGCAUCAUGAACCCCGGGAGCCGGAGCCUGAAGUUUGUGAUUUUGACAGCACUUCAGGCUUUGUCUGUCUCUCUAUCGGUGUGUGACAGCGUGCUCUCCACAUCUGCUGAAGGGAAUCUAUUGAACCCGCCUGUUCAACACAGACCAACAGCAAAGCAGAAACACUAUGGGACUACAGUACCUCUUCAGCUCGUUGGACACGACUGGAAACCAAUCAGCCAGCUCAAAUCCCAGAGUCACCCUGCAUCACUGAAGCUCCUGAUUGAAGCGGAAGGUGAGCAGCUGCUCAUGGCUCUGGAGAAAAACGAGGGGCUGUUUGCAAGUAACUACACAGAAACCCAUUACCUGGAAGAUGGCAAUCCGGUCACAGGCUCUCACAACUUCACGGCAAACUGCUACUACCACGGUGAGGUCGAGGGUCAUGUCAACUCGGACGUCAGCCUCAGUACCUGUGCUGGGAUUAAGGGUUUCAUCUCUAUUGAAGGCAAAUCGUAUGUACUGGAACCAUCUGCUGAUCACUCUGAUGGCACUCACUGGAUCUACACAGCAGAACACCUCAAUUUUGCUCCUGGCACCUGUGGACACGAUUUCAACAUAUCUUAUCCCAUUGAACACGCAGACAGCAGCCCGUUCAAGGCUUUCAGCACAAGGCACAAACGCCAUGCCCAGACUACGACCAAAUAUGUGGAGCUGAUCAUCGUGGCUGACAACAGAGAGUUUCAGAAGCAAGGCAAGGACAUGGAGAAGGUCAAGCAGCGGCUGGCUGAGAUCGCCAAUUAUGUGGACAAGUUCUACAGGGCUUUGAAUAUCCGAGUGGCUCUGGUGGGCUUGGAGGUGUGGAGUGACGUGGACAAGUGUCCCGUCACCCAAGACCCUUUCACCACGUUGCAUGAGUUCCUAGACUGGAGGAAGGUCAAGCUGCUGCCUCAGAAACCACAUGACAAUGCCCAGCUCAUCAGUGGGGUGUAUUUUCAGGGCACCACCAUUGGUAUGGCACCUAUCAUGAGCAUGUGCACAGCAGAGCAAUCAGGAGGAAUCGUCAUGGACCAUUCAGACAACCCCCUGGGCGCUGCGGUCACUCUGGCCCAUGAGCUCGGACACAACUUUGGAAUGAACCACGACACGCCAGAAAGGGGGUGUGGCUGCAGGGUGACAGUGGAUCGCGGAGGCUGUAUCAUGACUCCCUCCACCGGGUAUCCGUUCCCCACGGUGUUCAGCAGCUGCAGCAAGAAGGACCUGACGGCCAGUUUUGAAAAAGGCGUCGGCAUGUGUCUGUUCAACAUGCCUGAGGUCAAGGUGCUCUAUGGCGGGCAGAAAUGCGGCAACGGCUACGUGGAGGAGGGAGAGGAGUGUGACUGUGGAGAACUGGAGGAAUGCAUGAAUCCCUGCUGCAAUGCUACUACCUGCACUCUGAAGGGAGACGCCGUCUGUGCACACGGACAGUGCUGCCAGGACUGUCAGCUGAAGCCAGCAGGCACUCCAUGCCGUGAAUCCAGUAACUCCUGUGAUCUGCCUGAGUUCUGCACUGGCAACAGCCCUCACUGCCCCUCCAACGUCUACCUGCACGACGGCCACGCCUGCCACAAUGUGGACGGCUACUGCUACAACGGCAUCUGCCAGACUCAUGAGCAGCAGUGUAUCACACUGUGGGGCCAAGGGGCCAAGCCGGCUCCGGGCAUCUGCUUUGAAAGGGUGAACUCAGCAGGAGACCCUUAUGGCAACUGCGGCAAGGACUCCAAAGGCUCCUUUGCCAAAUGUGAAGCACGAGAUGCUAAAUGUGGCAAAAUCCAGUGUCAAGGAGGAGCUAACCGCCCGGUAAUUGGCACCAAUGCUGUUUCCAUAGAGACAAACAUACCCCUGCAGGAAGGGGGAAGGAUACUGUGCCGCGGCACACACGUCUACUUGGGUGAUGACAUGCCCGACCCCGGCCUGGUCCUGACGGGCACCAAGUGUGGAGAUGGAAUGAUGUGUCUGAACCGUCAGUGCCAGAACGUCAGCGUUUUCGGUGUGCACGAGUGCUCAGCCAAGUGCAGCGAUCGAGGGGUGUGCAACAACAACAAGAACUGUCACUGCGAGGCUCACUGGGCGCCUCCAUUCUGUGACAAAACAGGAUUUGGAGGAAGCGUGGACAGUGGCCCCAUCAGAUUAGCAGACAACGGGAGUCUGACUGUGGGCAUCCUGGUGGCUCUCCUCACUGUGCUGGGAGCUGGUCUGAUCAUCUGCAUCAAGAGAAAAACCCUGCUGGGCCUGUUCCUCACCAGUAAAAAGAACCCAAUCGAGAAGCUCCGAUCAGUAAGCGCUGCAAUCAGCGGUCCGUCCCCUACUAACCAGCCUCCAUCAGCGAGCAUGGCGACGUCUCCAUCAGGACCGGCCCCGCCUCUGCCGCGCAGCGCCGCCAUCUUCAAGCCUCCUCAUCGGGGGCCGGAGGCGGUGCUCCCACCAGCACCCUACCCCUCCCACAGCCUGCGCAGGCUGCCCCAGUGCCCUCCGGUUCACCUCAGCCACCCUGUCCCCUUGUCUCUCACCGUGUCUCUGUCCCCUGGCCCUGGGCAGCUGAGACCUCUGGUGCCUCCACCUCACCGAGCCCCUCCACCUCAUAUCCACGUCGCAGCCAGGGGGGCAUCGUUUCGCAGUGCGUCACGCCAUAACUCCUGCAGGAUGGUCAUGGAGUUGGAGAAGCCCAGUCCUCCGCAGAAGCCCCUUCCCGCUGAUCCAAGGAGCUCCCGCCUGGUUAGAAGUCCUUCUGUCGCGCAGGGCCACGCUGUAGUCCAAGGGCCUUCUGCUGUUCGUGGCCCCGCACCAGUACCUGGUGUACCCAGACCUAUGCGCCCUGUCCCACACCCCAACAGACCCAGUCCCAAGCAUCCUCCAACACUACCAAAGCCUUGCAUAAUUGCCAACAUCAAAUACAGCAGCUGAGACUUUGGCCAAAAGGGACAUUGUUGUGAUAAGACACUAAAGAAAUUGCACUAUGAAAGCUCUGAAAACCUUAAAAAAAGAUUGUGGCUUCUCUGAGUUUUGAAUCAGGAGAUCUGCCGUGUCCCUUUGGUGCUCUGUCUCUGAAUGGUGCUACGAGUCUGAGCUCAGGUACAUGUAAAGUAUUUAUAUUGUGUAUUUAUUGCCACGCAGUGCACUGUGCCAGACACUUUUACU